AUGUCUACAAGGCUUGUGGCCUCCCAUACCAUCUUUCUUCUUCUAUAUGUCGAUGACAUCGUGGUAACUGGCAGUGAUUCCACUCAUCUCCAACAAUUCAUCUCUGUUUUAGGUGGCCACUUUGACAUCAAAGACCUUGGUCCGCUAAGCUAUUUCUUGGGUUUACAGGUUCUUCAUAAGGAUGGUACUUUCCACAUCAAUCAACUCCAAUAUGCACAUGAUCUUUUACAGAAAGCCAAUCUUCUCAACUCCAAACCCGCAUAUACUCCAUUGGCUGCCAAGGUUCUCCUCUCUAUCUCUGAUGGUGCUCUCAUCUCCAACCCAACCGAGUAUCGUGAGCUUGUUGGCAGUUUACAGUAUCUCACUCUUACUCGCCCUAACAUAUCUUUUGCCAUCAACACUAUUGCUCAGUUCAUGAGUGCCCCUCGCACCUCUCACCUUGUUGCCGCUAAACGGAUACUUAGGUACAUCAAGGGCACUAUUGAUCUCGGCCUCACCUUCACUCCUCAAACUGCCGCAGCUCGUCUCUCCGCUUACUCUGAUGCGGAUUGGGCUGGGUGCCCUAAUUCUCGUCGGUCAACCACUGGAUAUGUGAUUACUCUUGGAACUAACCUCAUCUUAUGGUGUUCCAAGAAACAGGCCACAGUCUCGUACGUACAUAGUCGGAAUAUUGUGCCCUCUCUCAUGCUUGUGUCGAAACCACAUGGCUCUGCUCCCUUCUUCAUGAAUUGGGUGUGCGUCUUCGGUUCCCGAUCCAACUCUUUUGUGACAAUCUCAGCACCACGUACAUGGCUGCCAAUCUAG